UCAUCCCAGGCCGUUCUCACAGCUCUUCGCCACUUCCGGUCCCGGCCCCGCCUCCUCAAGGCCUCUCCGUGCGUUUUGCGUUCAAGAAUUUUGUCCCCAGCGCCGAGCCGUCUCUCCGCCCCCGCCGCUGCCAUGGCGGCAGCUCCGCCGGUCUCCAAGGCCGAGUACCUGAAGCGUUAUUUGUCUGGGGCAGGUGCCGGCGUCGAUGGGGCCUCUGAGUCGGGUCGCAGGCGUCGCAGAAAGCGGCCGAAGCCUGGCGGGGCCGGCGGCAAGGGAAUGCGGAUCGUGGAUGAUGAUGUGAGCUGGACAUCUAUUUCCACCACUAAACCGGAAAAGGAGGAAGAGGAAGAUGAUGGAGAUUUGCCUGUGGUGGCUGAGUUUGUGGAUGAGCGGCCAGAAGAGGUCAAGCAGAUGGAAGCCUUUCGUUCCAGUGCCAAAUGGAAGCUUCUAGGAGGUCACAGUGAAGAUCUGCCCUCACACAGACACUUCCGUCGUGACUCCCUGGAUUCAUCUCCCCCAAGGAGGGUCCGUCACGACACCCCGGACCCAUCUCCCCCGAGGAGGGUCCGUCACGACACCCCGGACCCAUCUCCCCCCAGGAGGGUCCGUCACGACACCCCGGACCCAUCUCCCCCCAGGAGGGUCCGUCACAACACCCCCGACCCAUCUCCCCCCAGGAGGGUCCGUCACGACACCCCGGACCCAUCUCCCCCCAGGAGGGUCCGUCACGACACCCCGGACCCAUCUCCCCCCAGGAGGGUCCGUCAUACUUCUCCGGAUCCUUCUCCCCUCAGGAAGCCUCAUCGUCAUUCUUCAGGCAUGUCUCCUAGGAGAACCCAUCAUGACACACCAGAUUCAUCUCUUCCUAGGAGGGCCUGUCACAAUUCCUCAGAUAGCUCUGUUCCCAGAAGGGCUCAAAAUAGCUCACCUGACACAUCUCAACCUAGAAGGACUCAUGACUCCUUGGACACAUCGCAGCUCAGGAGGGCCCAUCAUAACUCCCCUGAUUUGGCUGCUAGUGUCCCUCAUUCACUACCCAGACCCAAAAACAGUAAAGGCCCAGAGAGAGCUUCUAGGAAAACUUCUCCACAUUCGAAGGGGCCGGGACCAUCUCACACAUCAAUCCCAAAGAACAGCAAAUAUGAGUAUGACUCGGACCGCUCUCCUCCACGAAAAAAGCGAGCAAAAUCCCAUAAGCAUGAUUCUAAAGACUCUUCCCCCAGCCAUAGGAAAUUUCAUACAAACUCUUCGCCUAGGAGAUAUCAGAGUCACAUGUUGGACUCUUCCUCCUACCCAGAUGAUAGUCGGAAAGCCUCUGAUUCAGAUCUUUCUCCUCCACGGCAAAAGCAGAGUUCAGGGCACAAAAAUUCUGAUUCAGAUCUGUCACCUCCACGGAAUAGACCUACAUACCGGAGCUCUGAUUCUGACCUGUCUCCACCAAGGAGGAAACAGAGGGCCAAAUCUUCUGAUUCCGAUCUGUCUCCACCUCGAAGGAGUCAGCCUCUAGGAAAGAAGGCUGUUCACAUGUAUUCUGGGGCAAGAACUGGGUUGGUGUUAACUGACAUACAGCGAGAGCAGCAAGAGCUCAAGAAACGGGACCAAGAAACUACGGCAUUUGAAGCUGAAUUCCAAUAUGCUGAAACUGUAUUUCGAGAUAAGUCUGGUCGUAAGAGGAAUUUGAAACUGGAACGUUUAGAGCAAAGGAGAAAAGCAGAGAAGGACUCGGAGAGAGAGGAGCUGUACGCUCAAUGGGGAAAAGGGCUUGCCCAGAGCCGGCAGCAGCAACAAAAUGUGGAGGAUGCAGUGAAGGAAAUGCAAAAGCCUCUGGCGCGCUACAUUGAUGAUGAAGAUCUGGAUCGGAUGCUGCGAGAACAGGAAAGAGAGGGGGACCCCAUGGCCAACUUUAUCAAGAAGAAUAAGGCUAAGGAGAACAAGAAUAAGAAAGUGAGACCUCGCUACAGUGGUCCUGCCCCUCCUCCCAACAGAUUCAAUAUCUGGCCUGGAUAUCGCUGGGAUGGAGUUGACAGAUCCAAUGGAUUUGAACAGAAGCGCUUUGCCAGGCUUGCCAGCAAGAAGGCGGUGGAGGAACUUGCCUACAAGUGGAGUGUUGAGGAUAUGUAACUUUUCUGAGGCUGUGGGGCGGCUGUGGGUUGUGGUAGUGGACAUAGGGCAGCCAGACAUCCAGCUGUAACAGCUGUCUAUGCUAGUAAUCAGGGUCCACACAGACCAGCAACCUGAAUGCCAGUUUUGACUACAGAAGAAUAUUUUGAGACCUGAUAUUUGGACUGAGGCACCUGUACUUCUCAGGUGUUCCAACACUGGCGAUUGCUGGCCUUCAGAGGAAGCAUUGCAUUUUCAGUGUCCCAGAGUUUGUUCUUGGUUAGGGUUUUUCUUUUUUAAUAAACAUACAUUUAUUUUUUCACAA